CGCAAUGCAAACUGUUAUUUUAGAUGCGUAAUCGUAUGAACAGGUAAAUUCAAAGCUUUCACGCUUCAAGUCUAUAACCUCUGCUAGAAAAUGUGUCAGAUGUGAACCUCCCCUCUUAAUAACAAAGAAACACGUUACUCGCUGAAUGCCAAAUAUCACUAAGAAAAACAUUUCAAUGGCUAGCAGUAGCGACAACUACAGAAGGCGAAACUUAGAAGGCGAAAACAAUGAAUCACAAUGGAAUCUAAGUAAUAAGCUAAACCUGGCUUUGCUGCCGUCGAAAAUAUUUUAUUUUUUCUAUUUCUCGGCCUGGGGAUCACUUCUGCCUUAUCUCGCUUUGUAUUUUAAAAAGCUAGGUCUGUUGCCGAGUCAAGUAGGCGUCCUUAUGGGACUCAGGCCGUUCGUCAACUUCAUCUGUGUACCUCUCUUUGGUCUCUUUGUGGACAAAUUCAACAAGGGCAAGCACGUGAUAGUGGUCGCCUUAGCUGGAUCCAUUCUGACAGUAUUUUCAAUCUCCAUAGUAGCUCCUGCAAAGGAAAACUGCCAUGAAGUAUUCAACAUCACGCGCCGAGCGCUGAGAAAUGAUUCAGUUAUAUUCGUGCCGCUGGAAGAGAACUUUAACUCGACAUCUGUUAGAGUCUUUCACGUGUACAGGACUGUGACUGCAGCGAGGCCUUGGCCCUUGGGCGUAAUACUGAGCCUCAAAGAGUGCACAAAGUCUCGCACAAGCGUGGUGUUCGUUCGCGUGCUACUACUCCUAAUAUUCGGGAAUAUCAUCGCGUCGCCCUCGCUAUCCCUCGCUGACACGGUAACGAUGCAUAAUCUAGGGGGAGACAAGCAUAGGUACGGGGUGCAGAGGCUGUGGGGAUCGCUUGGGUUCGGUGUGGCAGCGUUUGGCAUCGGUGCGCUCGUCUCUGCUAGGGGCUACUGCAUGGGAGAUUCCGGAGAUUCUCAGACAGUAGAUGUAGACUAUACACCGUGUUUCUACAGUUUCGCUGCAUUCCUGUCGUGUGCAUUAAUUACGUCUUUCAAGUUUAACUUUCCAAACGACACAUGCCCCAAAGGAAAGACCUCUGACAGGUUGUAUACGGUGCGAAGCCUGUUGCGCGGGCGCUUCCUUAUGUUUCUCCUAGUAGCUUUUCAUUUCGGCUUCAUGAUCGCAUUCACGAAGACCUUUCUGUUCUGGCAUCUGAAGGAACUCGGCGGCACCCAGCUGUUGUUUUGCAUCAUAACUGCUGUUAAUUGUAUCGCGGAGGUGACCAUGUACUUUCUAUCCGCUAAACUCCUCACUUUCAUAACCCACACGCGUGUGUUGUACAUGGGAUUCCUGUGCUACGCUAUUCGCGCCUUUGCCUACUACCUCAUUACCAGUCCCUGGAUGGUGCUCACGGUCGAGAUCUUGUCAGGGAUCACGUCAGCUGCAUCUUGGGCCGCCAUGUUAGCCUUUGUAAGUGAGAAUAGCACCCCCGGAUACACAGCGACAUUCCAGGGGGUUAUCCAUGCGAUUCACUGGGGCCUGGGCUGCGGUGCCGGGGAAAUGGUCGGGGGGUACAUGGUUGAUGCUUUAGGGACUGGAGGGUCAUUUUGUGUUCUUGGUGUUCUGUCAUUAGGUCUGUUAGUUCUUGAUAUCGUUACCAACAACAUGGAGCGGGUUAUGAAUAUUUUACAAGGAAGGUGUAAAGAACAUGCUUCAGGGGCGUAUUAACAAGAUUUCACACAAACUGGCUUUGGUUCACUAUAAAUCUGGAGGUAAUCUAAAUGAAAAAGUCAAGUUAAGCCUUUAUUAUAGCAGGUGCUAUAACGGCCUAGAAAAUCGUGCUUUAAAAACCGAUUAUAUGGCUUAAGUUUGGGCUAACCAUUAUGCCUUUUAGAGGGUUAGAAUAAUAUCAUUUGCUAUCUGUGUCUGAUAUUUUCAUGUCUUAUUAUAGUAAACUGUCAUCUAUUUUUUUCUUUUUUCCCCGAAUUUGUAUAAAAGUACAGUUCUUGCUUAAACAAAGAGCCGAUUAAAGUCUCAAAAACGAUCA